AUGGCGCCGAAGGCGCAGCCAAGGUUCGUCACCUGCACGGCGUGCCGCUUCUGGUGGAACUUCCGCAAGAACGCGCAUUGCUGGACGCGCGGUCAGUCCCUCGAGCUCAAGCCCGCCAACCCGUCGCCGCGCAAUGGAGUCCGGGAGGGCAAUGGCGCAGGAGGGGCAGCGCCGAAGGCCAGCCCCAAGGCCAAGGCCGCAGUGGUGGGGGGGGGGCCCAAGACCAAGGCCGCAGCGGCGGGCGGCGCUGUCGAUGGCCGCCGCGGCUUUCCUGCCGCCCCCUGGUCGCUACCCGGGGCGUCGGAGCUGGACAAACUGCCGGCCAUCCCCGACCCGACCAUCGCGGCCAAACUACGGGAGGCGGUCGCGGAGGCCUGCGACUUCGCCCCGCCUCCGCCUGCAGCAGCCCAGAAGUCGCUGGAGCAGCAGCUGCAGUCGGCCACCGAUCGGCGCAUCAACCUCCAGCGCCAGCUGGACGAGGCCGCCGGCGCCCUGCUGGCGGCUAAGGAGCAGCUGGACGAACGCCGUGGCCGGCGCGACACCGUCGCAACCAGCGCGGCGGAGGCCCAGGCGGAGGAGGCCCAGCUCCUGCGCAGUCGGGCCCAGGCCUCGGGCAUCGCGCAGCCGACUCCCGAUGCCUCGAAGUCGGCCACCUUCACCUUCGACGUGGAGACGCUCGAGAACUUCAGAGCUGGAGGAGAAGGCCCAGACCAACCUUCGCCAGGUGCCCAGGCGGCAUUCGAGCGCAACUGCCAGGAGCAGCUGCAGCGGUUUAAGAAGGACAUCGAGGAGGCCGCGGCCAGCAAGCGCCGCAAGAGGGAGCGGGCCCAGCCCGAGGAGCCCGCGGGGGCCUCUGCUCAGGAGCCAGCGGCAGCAGCUGCGGCCGAGCACCAGGCAGCCCCCCUUGCUGCCGCGGCGGAGGACGCCACCACUGCCGCCGCAGGCGGGCCCGCCAGCGGCCCCAGCGGGCACGCCGCGCAGGCAGCCGAGCUCGGGGCCGCGGCAGCCGAGGCAGCCCGCCCGUGGGCCACCGAGCAGAAGGUGGCCAGUGCACCUGCUGCGCCUGCUGCUGGCGACGGGGCUGCUGGUCAGUUCGCAGGGUACGGAGGCAGCGUCGACCAGGAGGCCCGACGCCCAGCUGGGACAAGCCCCGCGGACACAGAAGUGCAGAGUCUGGUCCUGCACACACGACAUGCGCCUGGCGCUGCAGGCGCGGUAGCCAUCAGACUCGAGCAGGGCCUGCCCAACCUGGGGCCCUUGGCGCUGCGGCAGGGCUCCCUGGAUGGUGACCUUCGCGUCUGCACCUACAACGGUAACGCUUGGAACUCGGUCGCCAGCGUCCACGAGUGGAUGCGCAGGAUCGCUUUGGGCAUGGGCACUACCAUUGCCAUGAUCUCGAUCUACCUCGAAGAUCCCGUGGGCCUGCAGGGGUCCAACCGCCAGAUGCUCGCCGGCCUCCACGAGUGGUGCGCGCUUUAG